AUGGCAAGGCUGACGUGCUGUGUUCUUGAACACUCAAUACUUCAUUCCCUCAUCCCUUAUGGUUCGCCUGAUGAGCCCCCAAGCAGUGCUGAUGGAUUGGUUGUCAGUCCACAGAGGAGCCUUGAAACCUAUUUCUAUUAGAGACAUCUCCCCAUGGGAGAGAUCUAUCAGCGGAUGAGCCGGGUCAGCAAGAAGUAUGCGGAAGUGGCAACCCAGCAUUUCCUGGAAAUGACCUAUGAGACCUGGCCCAUCUACUACCUGAAAAUCAGCAAACCAUCCAACAGUCCCAAGAAGAUCAUUUGGAUGGACUGUGGAAUUCAUGCCAGAGAAUGGAUUGCCCUUUGCUUUUGCCAGUGGUUUGUGAAAAAGAUUCUACAGAAUGGUAAAGACAACACAAGGAUCAGCAGGCUCCUUAAGGAGUUGGAUUUCUAUGUACCUCCACUCCUCAACACUGACAGUUAUAUCUAUACUCGGACAAUGGGGUAUGGGUGCAAUCACAAACUGCUAAGAUUUGAUGUUCUGUGGGUGUCAGAACUAGAGACUAAUACAGUCUCGAGCCGUAGAGAAAGCGGGAAAAAAAGAGACAUUCCGUGCUUCCUGACCGUGCACUCUUAUGGGCAGCUCAUCCUCACACCAUAUGGCAACACCAAAAAUAAACCAAGUAACUACAAAGAACUAAUUCAAGUUGGACAGAAGGCGGCAGAUGUAUUGAAAGCAAAGCCUGGAACCAAUUAUAGAGCCGGAUGGAGUGCAGAUAGUUUAUAUGCUACAUCAGGAUCCUCAAAAGACUGGGCUAGAGACAUUGGGGUCCCCUCCACAUACACAUUUGAGCAGAGGUACAAUGGGACCCAGGGUUUUUGUUUUUGUUUUUGUUUUUUCCUGCCUGAAGCUCUGAUCCAGCCCACCUGUGAGGAGACCAUGGAAGCUAUGCUCAUACCCCUUGAUAGUGUGUGUGAGAGAUGACUCACCCACAGUGCCAGGGAGGCGACAACCACAAUCUUGGCACUGACCACGGUGUACUUCUUCCACAGCUCUCCCCCAAGUGCCUCCUGCCUUGGUCUGCUUAGUCUCAGUGAUGGGAAUGCGGUUGAGGUGAAGGUAAUGAAGAGCAGGGAAUGGAAUUUGGUGUCCCAGUUUUAUGGCCAAGGCAGAGAGGAAGCCCGGACUGGGCGCUUCACAUCAUCCUUGAGAAAGGGUGAGGCUUUAAGUUGUGAGCCAUGUUCGGUCAGUGAUGGCAUCCGCCAUGCUUCUCAUCUUAUACUGGGGACCUACAGUUUUGCUGCCUGUGUUCGUUUCGUCUUCCCUGACUGUGUGCUUGAUUUCCCAUUGGGAAGAUGCCUGAUCCCUAGCACAGAUGCCAUCCUGCUCCAGGAUGGAGUCCUAUCACUUCCAGCUGCCCACACUUCCACACCUACGAGGACUGCCUUUGAAGUGAACACACGAUCCAAUCUGGAGCCAUAA